AUGAUAAAACAAUUUUACAAAGAUGAUCGUAUACAUAAUGAUUAUGAAAGUGCAUUUGAAGAUUUUAUGCGUGAGCAUGAGAUAGCAACAAACAAUCAUAAUCGAAAUCAAGUAGAGUUACAAUAUCCUCCAUUAGCUCAUUCUACUCCUGUGAAUGAUCCUCCACCAGCUUAUGAUACUGCAUAUGGUGAAGAAUCUCAUUUACAUGGUUUAAGACAUAAUGCCUCUUACGAAGCUUACAAGGCCGGUAGACAAUUUACACGAGAUAAUCCACCUCAUGAAAUAUUACCGCCAAGAGAACAUAUUGUUUAUAUUUUAUCAAAUGGAGGAGCUAAAGCUUGGAAAAUGGUGAUAUAUGCUAAUGAUGCUCCGGGUAGCACUUCCAUGUUUAAAGAUAUGGCAAGUAUAUCGGAUGACGGACGUACUGUAACAUUCCAUGGAAAAAAUGACGCAAUGGUACAAGCAAAUUAUCCACUUUUCAGGCCACAACUUGAUAAUGAUGAUGAUUCUUUACAACCACAUUCAAACAUAAUAAAUUCAGCAACUUCGAAUAAUAUAUCAUCGUCAAAUUUACCACCAGAUUAUGAACAAA